GAUCAUUAUUCCAGCACUUUCCCCAGUUGCAGCGAUGAUCACAUUAAAACACUAACAAAUGCGAGAGGAGGAGAAGAUAAGAAAAACGAAGCAAAAUCAAAUCAUCAAAUCAUCAAAUCAAACAUUCUUUUAAUUAAGUACGCUGAAAAUGCUGGGUUUCAUCACAAGAUAUUCAACAACAAAAAUAUCAUCAUAUUUGAAUUCAUGGCUCCUGAAAUCAUCCCCUUCAAUUCUUCAAUCAACACGAAGACAAAUGUGUUUAGGUGUUCUUCCCGACGCUGUUGAUCGAAAUUCCGACGCUUCUACUCGCAAUUCCCUGCUUAUGCAGGAUUUACUCUCUCAACUCCAUUCCAACAUCAACAAGGUAAUUGCUGGCGGAGGAGAAGAAGCAGUGAAGAGGAACAGAAGUAGGAAGAAGCUUCUUCCUAGAGAGAGAAUUGAACGGAUUCUUGAUCCUGGUUCUUCAUUCCUUGAACUUUCUCAGCUUGCAGGCCAUGAACUGUAUGAAGAAUCCCUUCCAUCUGGUGGAAUUAUUACAGGAAUCGGACCUGUUCAUGGAAAACUUUGUAUGUUUGUGGCUAAUGAUCCCACUGUCAAGGGAGGAACUUAUUUUCCCAUUACAGUCAAGAAACACCUCAGGGCACAAGAAAUUGCUGCUCAAUGCAAACUACCAUGCUUGUAUCUUGUAGAUAGUGGUGGUGCUUUUCUCCCCAAACAGGCUGAGGUCUUUCCCGAUAAGGAGAAUUUUGGCAGAAUCUUUUACAAUCAAGCUAUAAUGUCCGCACAAGGCAUACCCCAAGUUGCACUUGUUUUGGGUUCAUGUACUGCUGGAGGUGCAUAUAUACCUGCAAUGGCUGAUGAAAGUGUCAUGGUAAAAGGAAAUGGAACUAUAUUUCUUGCUGGACCUCCACUAGUGAAGGCUGCUACUGGCGAGGAAAUUUCUGCUGAGGAUUUGGGAGGUGCUAGUGUGCAUUGUAAGAUUUCGGGAGUGUCUGAUUAUUUUGCAGAAGAUGAACUGCAUGCACUACAUACUGGAAGGAGUAUUAUUAAGAACUUGUACAAGGCUGGAGGAGAAGAAUUACCUGGUACCUGGAAUUAUGCGAUAGCAGAACCUAAGGAGCCUCUUUAUGAUGUAAACGAGCUCAGAUAUAUUGCCCCUGUAGAUCACAAGCAGCAAUUCGAUAUACGGUCUGUUAUUGCUCGUAUAGUUGAUGGGAGUGAAUUUGACGAGUUCAAGAAACUGUAUGGCACUACCCUUGUAACAGGUUUUGCCAAAAUUUUUGGGAAACCUGUUGGCAUCAUUGGAAAUAAUGGAGUACUAUUUAAUGAAUCUGCUCUUAAAGGGGCCCACUUCAUUGAACUAUGCACUCAGCGUAGUAUUCCUUUGGUUUUUCUUCAGAACAUUACAGGAUUUAUGGUUGGCUCAAGGGCGGAGGCAAAUGGCAUAGCAAAAGCUGGGGCUAAAAUGGUGAUGGCUGUUGCUUGUGCAAAGGUUCCAAAAAUCACUGUUAUAAUUGGUGGAAGUUUUGGUGCUGGAAAUUAUGCGAUGUGCGGACGUGCAUAUAGUCCCAAUUUUAUGUUCUUCUGGCCGAAUGCGAGAAUAUCAAUAAUGGGAGGGGCACAGGCUGCAGGUGUGCUGGCUCAAGUUGAAAAGGCCAACAAGAAACGACGGGGUAUACAGUGGACCACUGAAGAAGAGGAAACAUUCAAAGCCAAGGUGGAACAGGCGUACGAGGAAGAAGGUUCUCCAUAUUAUUCUACUGCCAGGCUUUGGGAUGACGGCGUCAUUGAUCCUGCAGAUACAAGAAAAAUUAUUGGUCUAUGCGUAUCUGCUUCAAUGAAUUGUGCUCCGGAAGAGACCAAGUAUGGUGUAUUCAGAAUGUAAUUAGAUAGAUGAGAUGACGAUCAUAGUAAGUAAAUAUGUUGUAAUUUGUAAAUAUCAGUGGAAGCAACUACGAUAAUUUCACGUUAUUCAUACAUCAUGACGAUGGGCACAAUUUGAGAUAAUUGUUCCAUUAAUGCUUUUUAAAGGUUUCAACACAGGAACAA